AUGGAAUUUGACUUCUCUCGAAUUGAAAUCGGAAGUGGGUGUCAGCGUGUCUACGAGUCUACGAGUCUACGAUGCUGCCGUUUUGAACGGCACCUAAUUAAUUCAAAUACCGAAAUUAUUUCGCAUCUGAAAUUUGAGCCCGAUGAAAAUGGAUGCAGCAUUGAAGAAAACAAAUCACGGAAAGUCGCUUUCGUCUUGUCUUAUAUGAGCCAAAAGCUGAAGAAUUGGGCAUGCGCGCACAAAGUGAUGUCGCCGGAUUAUAAUAUUCUGCUCGUAAACCAUUUUUAUUAA